GGAAUCUACAAAACCGAACUACUGCAAGAUGGUAUCAACCUUAUGUGGUUUGCAAACCGAAAUGACGAGGGCGUCAUCUACCAUAAGUAUUUUAAUCCCAUGCCUGUUGAGGUCGUUGCACUCGUGCUUACAGCUAUUGAAUGCUGCAUUGAUGAGUUGUUGCAAGGGCUGAAGGAAGAUAUCAAAUUCACGUUGGCUGCUUAUGGAUUUGUCUACAAAGGUCAUUUGGACUUGUUGCAGUGCUUUCAGGAGCGCACGGCACCUUACAAACUCCUCGACAGAAUUUGUCUCAAUCUGCACGACACGGCUCGG